CCGUUUAUGAGAACUUUAUCCAUUCAAAUUCCGACUUUCUCUCUCUACUUUUUUUUUAUCCUCUCUCUAAAAUUUAAUUAAUGACCUGCGCCUCUAUCCUCCUUAUUUAAGCUCCAUAUACUACUCUCCCCUGCACUCUAGGACCAGCUCUCUCUCUCUCUCUAGCACUCUUGGAUCAGCUCUUUCUCUCUCUCUAGAGAGCAAUGGUGGCGACCUCAGUUAAGUUGUUUAGGCUACUGGUUUUGAGUUAUGUUAUGCUAUGCCAUGGCGCCGAAGCUUCGCAUGAGCACUACCACACCUUAGACAAGGUAGAGCCAACAACUGUGAAGCCAAUGCACAGAACGGCUUACCAUUUUCAACCCAAGAAGAACUGGAUGAAUGAUCCAAAUGCUCCCAUGUUCUAUAAGGGCGUCUACCACCUCUUCUACCAAUUCAACCCCUAUGGGGCCGUAUGGGGCAACAUUGUGUGGGCCCACGCUGUCUCGAUGGAUCUCAUCCGUUGGAUCCAUCUAAAGCCUGCCAUCUAUCCCUCCGCACCCUUUGACAUCAACGGUUGCUGGUCAGGCUCAGCCACCAUACUCCCUGAUAACACCCCUGUCAUCCUAUACACAGGGCUCAACUCUCUAAAUCAACAAGUGCAAAACUUAGCACUGCCCUUGAACCUAUCGGACCCAUUUUUGGUCGAGUGGAUCAAGCCUGUCGAGCACAAUCCAUUGAUGGUUCCGAGCCAGGGGCUCAAUGCAAGCUCGUUUAGGGACCCAACCACGGCUUGGCUAGGUAAAGAUGGACAUUGGCGUGUGCUGGUUGGCAGCAAGAGGCGAAAACGUGGCUUGGCUUUGCUUUAUAGGAGCCGGGACUUUAAGAGGUGGGUGAGGUCCCGGCAUGUGUUGCACUCGGCCCAACAGACAGGCAUGUGGGAGUGCCCCGACUUUUUCCCAGUUGCUGAGGGUGGGGUUCUAAAGGGCCUCGAUGGCUCAGCUAUGGGUGAAGAGGGGGUUAAGCACGUCUUGAAGGUAAGUUUGGAUGAUUUGAAGACUGAGUAUUAUACACUGGGGCAUUAUGUACUAGAGAAGGAUAAAUACGAGCCGGACAAGGAGUUCGUAGACUGUGGAUCCGGAUUAAGGUUUGAUUAUGGGAAGUUUUAUGCUUCAAAGACAUUUUAUGAAGGGGGAAAAGGAAGGAGAAUUUUGUGGGGGUGGAUCAAUGAGUCUGAUAGUGUGCAUGACGAUGUGAAGAAAGGGUGGUCUGGGGUCCAGGGCAUACCAAGGAGCGUGUGGUUAGAUAAAACAGGGCGACAACUGGUGCAGUGGCCUGUCGCUGAGCUAGAGACUCUACGUGGGGAGAGAGUUGACAUAAUCCAAAGGAAGCUCAACAGUGGAUCAAUUGUCGAGGUUCCUGGUGUGAAGGCUACCCAGGUGGACGUGGAAGUAACAUUCGACUUGAAGUCUAAUCCAAUGAACCAAGAAAAUGUGGAAAUUUUAGAGGAGAAAUGGUUUAACAGCCCACAACUGGCUUGUAGUGAGAUGGGAACAUCUAUGAGGAGUGGAAUUGGGCCUUUUGGUUUGUUGGUUUUGGCCUCAAAGAAUUUGGAAGAGCACACUGCUGUCUUCUUUCGAGUCUUUAAGUCUCCCUCAAGGAACAAGACCAUGGUCCUAAUGUGCAGUGACCAAAGAAGGUCUUCUCUCGGGAAAGAGCUGGACAAGACACCGUAUGGAGGCUUUGUGGAUGUUGACUUGGCUGACGGGAAGAUCUUCUUACGGACCUUGGUUGAUCAUUCCAUCGUGGAGAGCUUUGGAGGUGGUGGAAGGACUUGCAUAACUGCAAGAGUUUAUCCGGAGCUGGCCAUAGGAGAGGAUGCCCACCUUUAUGCCUUUAAUUAUGGAUCAGUUGCUAUAAAUAUUUCCAAGAUUAGUGCAUGGAAUAUGGGCUCAGCGGUGUAGUAGACCAGCAUAAAAAUUCGACAAACUCUAUGUUUGUUAUGUAAAUGGUCUUUUUAUGGGUUUCCAGUGUUAUUUUGGAUACUAUAUGCCACAACAUUGCAGAUGUAUUUAUCAAAAGAAAGAAAUGCAUUGCAAAUGUUUAUGAAUAUAUGAAGAAGAUGUAUCCAACCAUAUAAGCAUGAACACUUUGUUUAAGAGUUCUGUGAAAUGGAUUUUGGGGGAAUUUAUCGAAA